AUGGAGCAAAAGAAAAUCCAUGGAUCAACACAUGAUGAUGAUGAUAAUGAUAGAUCUCUAUCCAUAGAGGACAUUCCCAUCGACCUAAUGGGCGAGAUACUCUCAAGACAACCAGCAAAAUUGAUAGGGAGGUCUCGCUCUGUCUCUAAGCUAUGGUCUUCUAUCACCACCACUCCAGGUUUCAUCAACUCAUUCGCUGCUAGGUCAUCUGCAUCAUCACAGGCUUGUGCUUUGCUAAUCUUCAGUAAACGCGACAAGCUGUUUGUUUUCUCCUCUCCUCAAGCAGAGAGUUAUCAGUUUACAAUCCCCUCUGAUGGUUUCCUUAAGCGCUAUGAUUCCGUCCACGGCUUGAUUUACUUGGAAACUUCUACGCAGCUCAUGAUUUGGAACCCAACCAUGAAACGCUUCUUCACUUUACCUGAACCUGAAGGCAGCGAGGGAAAAUACAUCACAGGAUCUUUGGGAUAUGAUCCUAUUGACUGUAAAUACAAAGCAUUGUGCCAUCUUACAGGAGACAAGAUUGGGAUUCUUACAUUGGGAUCGCAAGAAUCAUGGAGAAUACUAUCCCAAGGUUUCCCAAGUCAUUAUCGGCGUAUGACAGAUUGUGUGAUAUGCAUUAAUGGAGUCAUAUACUAUGAAUGUUGUUUUGGUCUUUCUUAA